UAUGUUUCAGCAGUGCUGUUCUUGUCAGUUGUCACUCGUUGGCUACAUAAACCAUAUUGUAAAUUUUGCCGAAUUUCCAGUAUUAAAUUGUGUUUACAUUAAUUUUUAAUCUUGAAUAGUACAGUCUUAAAAUGAGUCGAUUUUUCGCUGGUUCAGAUUCGGAUUCUGAUAGUUCAUCUGAGGAGGAACAGAUUCAAAGAGCACCAGCUCAAGUCUUCACUUUCAGUGAUGAAGAGGAGGAUGUUAAGCGAGUUGUACGCUCAGCCAAAGAAAAACGAUAUGAAGAACUCACAAAUAUCAUUAAGCAAAUUAGGAAUUUCAAGAAAAUUAAGGAUAUGAGCAGUAUGCUCAAUAGUUUUGAAGAUCUACAGAAAGCGUAUACUAAAGCAUUGCAAGUAAUCCUGAAAGAGGAGAAUGGUCAAACGCCUAGAUUUUUCGUAAGAUGUCUAGUAGAAAUGGAAGAUUUCAUUAAUGAAAUGUGGGAAGAUAGAGAAGGUAGAAAAAAUAUGAAUAAGAAUAACAGUAAAUCUCUUACUUCAAUGAGACAAAAGUUAAGGAAAUAUAUCAAAGAUUUUGAAACAGAUAUAAGCAAGUUCAGGGAAAAUCCUGAUCAACCAGAUGAUGAAGAGGAGGAAGAUAAAGUUGUUGAAGAAGUUGAUUCUGAUAGUGAUGUUCCUAUUAAAUCUGCUGCUAAAGCAUCAUCAAAACCUCCAGUUGCCAAAGAUGAGUUUUCAGAUGAUGAGGAUUGGCCUUCUGACUCUGAAUCUAGUACUGACUCAUCAGAUGAUGAUGAAGGCAAAUUCACUAAUUACCGUGAUAGGUUCUUGAAGAAAACAGGACCUGCUGCUGAGGAAGAUGAGGAGAAAGAAAGAGAAAGGGAAAAGAGAAGAAAGGAACGAAAAGAAAAAGAAAGAAGGAAGUUAAAGAAAGAGGAGGAAGAAGAUGAUGAAGGUGAAUGGGAAACUGUUAAGGGCGGAAUUGCAAUGCCAAGUGAAAAACCUAAGAUGUUUGCAAAGGAUGCUGAGAUUGAUCUCAAUCUAGUUAUCAAAAAGCUGACUGAGAUUAUGGCAGCCAGAGGAAAAAAACGUACAGAUCGUAAGGAACAGAUUGAGUUGUUGCAUGAGCUUCAAAAUGUGGCUGAACAACAUAACUUUGGUCCUGGAAUAGUAGUCAAGAUCAAGUUGGCCAUCAUUUCGGCAUUUUUUGAUUAUAAUCCUAAGGUCUCAGAUGCCAUGAAACCAGAGUACUGGACCAAGCUGCUGGACAGGGUAAGUGAGACCCUAGAUGUGCUAUUGGCUAAUACCAACUUAACAGUCUCAGAAUCUGUAACAGAGGAAACUGAGACUCUGGAUGAGGCUCCAUACAAGAUUCAGGGGUGUGUCCUAACUUUGGUUGAGCGGCUAGAUGAUGAAUUUGUGAAACUGUUGAAAGAGUGUGAUCCACACAGCAAUGAAUACGUGGAUAGGCUCAAGGAUGAAGUGAAAGUUUCAUGCAUUAUUGAUAAAACAAUGCAGUACUUGGAAAGGUUCAAGGUAUCCACAGAAAUAUGCAGGAUUUAUUUGAGAAAAAUUGAACAUCUUUAUUAUAAAUUUGAUCCUAACAACUUGAAACAGAAAGAGAAUAACGAAGGCAAAGGUUCAUCAGUUGAAGAAAUGGACAAGCUGUGCAAGUACAUCUACUCUCAUGAUUCUACUGAUCGCUUGCGUACUCGUGCUAUCUUGUCUCACAUUUACCAUCACGCUCUCCAUGACAAUUGGUUCCAAGCCAGAGAUUUGGUUCUCAUGUCCCAUCUACAGGAAACAAUCCAACAUUCUGAUCCUAGCACCCAAAUCUUAUAUAAUAGAACUAUCGCUCAUUUAGGACUCUGUGCUUUUCGACAUGCUAAUAUAAAGGAUUCACAUAGUUGCCUAGUGGAUCUUAUGAUGACUGGUAAACCGAAAGAGCUCCUGGCGCAAGGUCUCCUCCCACAAAGACAACAUGAGCGCAGUAAGGAACAGGAAAAGAUUGAGAAACAACGCCAGAUACCAUUUCACAUGCACAUUAACCUUGAACUGUUGGAAUGUGUAUAUUUGGUAUCUGCCAUGUUGAUCGAAAUACCAUACAUGGCAGCUCAUGAGUUUGAUGCUAGACGUAGGAUGAUCUCCAAGACCUUCUAUCAGCAAUUAAGAAGCUCAGAACGUCAAAAUCUGGUGGGACCACCAGAAAGCAUGAGGGAACAUGUGGUUGCUGCUGCCAAGGCUAUGAGAAAGGGUAAUUGGAAGGCAUGCAAUGACUUCAUAAUAAACGAGAAGAUGAAUGCUAAAGUUUGGGACCUGUUUUACCAAGCUGAAACUGUUAGAGCCAUGUUGACCAAGCUCAUCAAGGAAGAAGCAUUGAGGACCUACCUCUUCACCUACUCCAAUGUCUACGAUUCUAUCUCGAUGUCCACUUUGGCUCAGAUGUUUGAACUGGAAAGAAGCGUGGUACAUUCAAUCAUAUCUAAGAUGAUUAUCAAUGAGGAGUUGAUGGCAUCUUUGGAUGAUCCCACCCAAACCGUAGUCAUGCAUAGGAGCGAACCUUCAAGGCUGCAAUCCCUUGCCUUGCAAUUGGCUGAUAAGAUUAACAAUUUCGUGGAUUCUAACGAGCGCAUAUUGGAAACCAAGCAAGGCAACUUUUUCUUGAGGGGUGUGAACCAAGGCAAUUUCAGAGGAGACAGACAGAAUUAUCGGAGGGAAGGUAAUCAAGAAUGGAAUAAACAAAGAAGAGAUCACAGGAAGGAAUAUUAGGGAUAAUUGAAGUACUUGCUGUUUCUGAUUUUUAAACUUAUUGAUUAAAACUUCCUUUGUAAA